AUGACCCAGAAAGCACAGGAAAGGAUGGAGUUAAAUAACGGAGGACUGAAGGUGGCGAUUAUGGGGAGCCCAGCGGUCGGUAAGACCGCCAUCUUGAAUCGCUUCUUCGACCACGUGUUCUCGGAUUAUUACGAGCCGUCGGGUGGGGAUAUGUAUAUAUUUGAGAACGAAUGGGACGAGGGUGAGCUGGAAAUGCAGGUGACCGAUGUUCCUGGCGGCGAUGAGUUUGACGAGCCCCGACAGAAGACCAUUGAGGAAUGUGAUGCUUUUGUGCUAGUGUACAGCGUAGACGAUGCGGCAUCGUUUCGGGAAGUUGCGAGACUUCGCGAGAUGAUAUUCGACGAGAAGCAGGCCGGGGUCCCUGUUGUUGUUGUGGAGACCAAAGCGGACCUACCCCGAUCCUCAUGGUUCAAGGGAGCCGACGCUAUAUCCAAUCAGCUGGAAACCGGAUGGGCCGUCCAGCAUUUGAUGGUUUCAGCGAAAGCGGGCUCUGAUAUGUCGGACAUAUUUCAGUGUCUGGUCCAAGAGGCACAGCUGGGAUUAAGGAGACCGAGCAGAGGCACGCAGUAUAUUUCCUCCUUCAACGCCAUCCAAAACAUUCUGGGUUCGAUCCCUGACCAAACGAAGAAGGCCAUAUCGAAUUAA